AGAGAAUGCUUGAAGUCUGUUCUAGCGAGACCCUUCAGGCAGUUCUAGACAUUAUCGACAAAUAUUUUAGACCACCUGCUUGUUCGGCCUUUGACAACAAACCAAACUUGUUCACUUCACUGCCUGUCGUGAGCUGUUCCAGUCAGUUCAGUAUUCAGCAGGGCCAAGAGGAGUGCUUCACUCGGGAAGGCAUUGAUAUGUAUCUACCAAGUGUUCAGUCAAUCCAAGCAAAGUGUCAUUCAGUCUUUUACCCAGAACAUCGAUGAGCUGCAGAAGUUAUGCAGAGACCUUAGCCGCUACCAGAGGGCAGUGAUGUGUGUCACACAGGUCUCACUACAAUGUCUGCCAGCACAGUACAGAGACUACAUUCCAACUGCCGAAAAUUUCAAAUUCAUGUUAAAAUCGAUCUGUGACAAUAUCAAUGUGAUCAAUUUAGAGUGUAUUAAGACACUUGGCGCUCGCCUAUAUGACUGUGGCUACCAAAAAAGACUCAGCUAUGCAAAUAAGGGUUCAACUACUGAUUUACUUUGCUUCGCCUACGCCGCCAUCACAGAGUGCUUCAGUGAAGUCCUGCCCACCUGUGGUUGUCCCACGACCAAGGUGUACGUGGAGACCUCCAAGCUUUACAUGAACGCACCUGCCUGCAGUCCAAUCACUGUGAAGACUCCAGUCUGCGAUCCAGAAACAAUCACUGUGAAGACUCCAGUCUUCCAUCCAAAAACAAAUAAGUUCCUGGACAGUGCUGCUACAAUACUACAUGGAAUGUCACUGCUCAUCCUGACUGCGCUUGUAGUGUGCGGACUGUACAAUGCCAUGUAACACGAUGCCACUCUCUAUGCCAAUGUCGCAGGGCAAGACAAAGCUCAUGUAUUUUAGUUUAAGCCUUUCUUAAAGACUGGAAAUUCUACCAAUGUCUUCUUGUGCCAAUAUUGUUCUUGUUGAUUUUAU